AUGGACUUGGAGAUGCGUCGUCGGCGCGAGGUGCAGGACAAGGCACGUCGAGAUGCGCAGCAGCGCAUCAAGGAGGCCCAUGGAGACGACGCAGCCGCAUUGGCGCUUGCGACGGCGCUGGCCAAACGUGGCGGCGACGUGAAGAAGAACUUUUUAGCGCGCAAGAAGGUCAAGGACGAGCAGGACCGGGACACCCUGGCUGCCAUCAAGGCAGCCUACGAGCAGCUCUUCCCCGCCGAGUUCAUCGCCGUGCUCAAGGAGAAGCGCGCCAGCCAGAUGGAGAAGCGCGACGCCGCGGCCAAGCCCGAACCCGUCGAGGAGGAGCCUGGGUCAGCCGCUGUAUCUGGCGCCGCGUCAGGCGCUAAGGGCAAGUUGCUG